GAAAGAUCCUCGUCGCUCAGCAACCAUUUACCAUUUGUACACAUGUCAGGCUUAUUAGCAGCUAGUCAGAAGCUGUCCAAGGAGGAGUACAGACGACAGAAAGAUCUCGAUGCCGCCAGAAAGGCAGGAACAGCGCCUGCCGAAGUUGAUGAAGAGGGAAGAGAGAUCAAUCCCCAUACUCCACAGUUCAUGUUGAAGGCUCCAUGGUAUAUCGAUACUGGAAAGCCUGGAUUGAAGCAUCAACAAGCUCCUACCAAAAAACUUGGAAGAAAGUUCGAUGAUGGAGGAUGGUACGCAAGAGGACAGAGAGCUGGACCAGCCGCUACUAAAUUCCGCAAAGGUGCCUGUGAGAAUUGCGGUGCAUCGACACAUGCCACAAGAGAUUGUGUUGAACGACCGCGAAAGAAAGGUGCACGGUGGACGGGAAAGGACAUUCAAGCCGACGAAAUUGUUCAGGAAGUUGACCUUGAUUGGGACGAAAAGCGAGAUCGCUGGAAUGGAUACGAUCCCAAAGAGCACGACAAAGUCAUUGAAGAAUACGAGCGGGUAGAGGAAGAGAGAAAGAAGAUCAAGGCACAAGAGUUAGAUAAGCAAGGUCUGGUUAGCUCUGAAGAGGCAAAGAAAAUCGAAGGAGCGAACGAAGGGUUCUCUGAUGAUGAAUAUGGUGAAGAUGACGAUAAAUACGCCGAUCAAGCUGAUAUGCCUGGACAACACGUCAAUACCAAAACCCGAACAACCAUUAGAAACUUACGUAUCCGUGAAGACACUGCAAAAUACCUUAUUAAUUUGGAUGUUAACUCAGCAUACUAUGAUCCCAAAACGCGCUCAAUGCGUGAGAAUCCUCUGCAAGACAAGGAUCCCAAUGAUACAAACUUUGCCGGUGACAAUUUUGCCCGUUACUCUGGUGAUGCUCCCAACAUGGCUAAAGCACAGAUGUUUGCCUGGCAAGCCGCUAAUCGUGGUAAUGAAGUCCAUUUGCAAGCCAAUCCAACACAGCUUGCUCUCCUUCACAAGCAAUUUGAGCAGCAAAAGGAGAAGGUCCGCGAUACGAACAAGGAAGGUAUCUUGGCCAAAUAUGGCGGUGAAGAGCAUCUUCAGCGUCCACCUACGGAACUGUUGCUUGCCCAAUCGGAAAACUAUGUAGAAUACUCAAGAACAGGAAAGAUUGUCAAGGGUCAAGAGCGAGCUGUUGCCCGGUCAAAAUAUGAAGAAGAUGUAUACAUCAAUAAUCAUACUUCCGUCUGGGGUUCGUUCUGGGCUGAUGGUAAAUGGGGUUACAAGUGCUGUCGCGCCUUCAUCAAGAAUUCUUAUUGCACUGGUUCUGCCGGCAUAGCUGCGGCCGAAACCGCUUCCGCGAAAGCUUUGUUAGCCACUGGUAGUAAAUAGUUUUUCAUUUUCACAUCGUACUUGCGGCAACAAAUGGCGCUUGAACAUGUGGGCCAAGUUGUAUAAAAUAAACAUUUCUUUUUGUUAAAGUUGUUGCCUGAA